GUCCUCGGCACUCUUGCGCAUGCGUCGGCGGGCUCGGGAAGCGGGCGCGGAGGCCGCGUUGCCGUAGCAACCGAGGCGGGCUCCGCGGGAGGAUUCCCGGGCUGCUCCCGGGCGGGGCCUGGGGUUCCGUUUCCUCUGCGCCCCGGUGCCUGGGAAAUCCCGGGCAUCUUGCAAAAAAAUGAGCCCCUUGUGACGUAGAGUGGAGCCCGGGGGAUCGGGGCCGGGCGGGGACCGGGUCCCCGCGUCCCCCGGCAUGCGGGCGGGAUGGGUCUGUGCGAGUCCACGCUGCCCCAGAUGGGCAGAGCUCUGAGGCCGCAGGAGAAGGAUGUCCUGAAGUCCCCCCUGAUCAUCUUCGUGGUGGGCGGCCCUGGCUGUGGGAAAGGCACCCAGUGCAGAAACAUGGCCAGCAAGUACGGCUUCUGCCACGUGGGGCUGGGCCAGCUGCUGCGGGAGGAGGCUCAGAGGAGGACCCCGCGGGGCCGCCAGAUCCGGGACAUCAUGCAGCAGGGACGCCUGGUGCCCACGGGUCUCAUUCUAGACAUGAUCAGUGACAACCUGCUGUCGCGUCCGGAGAGCCGCGGCUUCCUCAUCGAUGGCUUCCCCAGAGAGCUGGAACAGGCCAAAGAGUUUGAGCGGAUUGUGGGCAGGGCCCCCAACAUAGUCAUGGGGUUUGACUGCUCCAUGGAAACGAUGGUGCGGAGGGUCCUGCGCCGUGGACAGGUGGAGCACCGAGCCGAUGAUUCGGAGCCAGCCAUCCGCAAGCGUCUGGAGACACACUACACCCUGUGUGAGCCUGUCCUGACCUUCUACCAGCAAAAGAACCUUCUGCGGAAUAGGUUAAAUUCUCGCUAUUUUCUAAGGCUGGCUCAACAUGAAGGAUCCCGAUUUUGGAAGGAAAAAGAUGUGAGACACAGAAUGAGAGAGGGACUGCCUCAGCAUGAGGGGGACCCCUCCACCCCAGGCGGCCGUUGCUCUCUCACCAAACCAAUCAAAUAUAGAAACCAAUAAAAGAAGCCCCCAAAUGGAACAAAAAUGGAGGGAAAAUAUGUUCACAGAUGAAGUUCAUAUCCAUUUGCUUCAAUUGCCUGCGGAGAGGGAGAGACAGGGACAGUCAUGGCAGGGGGCGGCUGGGCUGCAAGAGGCUGCCACUCAGGCAGCGGGCCAGGAGGCCGGGCCCAAGCCUGCACAGGCCAGGCAGGGGCUGUGACUGUCUGUCUUGGGGACUCCGCUGAAGUCAGACUGCUCCUUGGUGGAGGAGAAGCAGGAGGA